AAACAAAUGAUGAUUUAUUCGUUUAAUGUGUAUACUGUCAUUAAUAGCAAACAGGAAGUAGACGAAUAAUAUCAGCGUUAUUAUUACUAGUAACACCUACUAGUAGUAAUAAAAGCAAUUAUAGAAAGGAAUCUCAGCUUACACACUAUUGCUUACAUACAUAUACACGAACAAGUGAUAUAUACCCAGGCACAAAAGCAUAGAAACAUUUUGGAAACUGUAACAGUAACAAAAACGAUUACCAAUGCCCAACAGGUGGCUGUCACACUUACAGAUAAAUAAACCUUGGAAUUCUAUUUCAUUUUUUUACUACAGUUUGUAAGUGAAUCAAAGUGAGAAUAGUCGUAUUGAGUGACCGACGUGAGAUCUCGUAUGAAGAAUACUUUUGGAUAGAUAUAUAAACUUUUUUAGACAAACAAAAUUAGUUUCAGUCACACUCUACUUCUCUUGCUGAACAUAUACGCACACGAACACACACAAACACCUUUACUCUGGAAAUUUUAAUCAUAUCCGAAGCAGUACACGUGUACACCUGCAGACGCCAACAUCUUUCAGUUACCCUGGCGAUGAAUCUACUCUACCAUGGGUCUUUUUAAACGUUUGAUUAAUUACUCGAGAUUAUGAAUUAUAACUGGAAUCACAGUAAAAAAUGCUUGUCAAUAACCUGUGAAGAAAAUCAAUGGAUUUACAAAUAUCAUUGAAAGUGUCAAAUAAUCAUCAUUUCUACAAUCUUAUUCCUAAUGAGCAUGAGACGGGUUUAAAUUCUAAAAAUUCAAGCGUAUUUCAAGUUUUUAUCAGUUCUAUUAAAUUUUUAAUUCGCACGGUGGUCACCGACCUGCUUAUUACGAUCAUUAAAAGCCUUGGAGAGUGUAUCGUUAAUCAGUAUAUCAUUUUAAGGAUAAUUUUGAUUACAACAGUUUCGUGGAAUAUCUGUUCAUUGAUCUCUCCAUCGGUUAUCUCGAUUUACAAUAACCGUUCGUCGUAUAUUACUACUACCAUUACUAAUAAUUUCUUACUGUUCGGUUGUCUACCAUCAUUAUGUUUAUUAAAGUUAUGCUGAUAAAAUGGUGUUAUCAUCAUAUCAAUUGGAAAACAAUUGUUAUUAUCUAUUUUAAAUGGAUUAUUUUUAUGGAUUUAUUGAUUUUACUUCAUUUAAACAAAACUGAAUCAAAUAGUGAAAUAAUAAUCGAAUCGAAUCAGAAUGAUGAUAACUAUAAUGAUUCGCAUCAUUCAAGUGAGUCUUUCAAUAAAAGGAAAAUUCUAGGAAAAAACAUGUCAUUUAAACUAAUAGACAACAUUGAUGAGAAACUAUCCAUGCAUAUUAUAAACAAAAGUAUUGAACACAUUCAACUAUCACAUAAAAUUGAACGUCGAAGUCAUUCAAUAGAUUUAAAACAACCAGAAGAAAUAUUAUCACCUGAUUAUACAUUACCUUAUCAAGAUGCAAAAUGUAUUGAAUUUAUUCAAUCAACUGAGAUAAAGUAUGUUAAAGAUCCGUCGAUGUUGAGUGGAUUUUUCGGUAUGUCUGGACUACCUAAACGAUCAGUUGAGUAUAGUUUUCAAACACCAAAUUAUCCAGCACCUUAUCCAUUAAAUAUUGAAUGCAUUAAAGUUAUUGCUGCGCCAACCGAUCAGCAUCGUAUCCUGUUGCAUUUUCGUGGAACAUUUGAACUGGAGCCUGAAUCACACUGUACAACAGAUUUUUUAGAGAUACGCGAUGGGGCUUUCGGCUUCACUACACUAUUAGGAAGAUUUUGUUCAAAACAGGUACCUGAUUUAGGCACAGGACUUAUAUCAAGUGGUCAGUAUAUGUGGUUACGAUUCCGUAGUGAUUCAACAAUUGCACAUAGAGGAUUUCAAGCAGUUUAUCGAUUUCUUCAGGCAGGUUCACGUAAAUCAACCGACAGUGUUUCACAUAUACAGUUCCAAGUAAAUUUACAGCCUGGACAAACAUGGAAAUUAGAUCAACACUAUCUUCUGACAAGAAUUCGAAAAUUGUCAUCUGAAAUUCAACAUCUACCCUUGGAAGCUGCAUUGGAUAUUCGAUCGACAAAUGGGACUUUUAUAAUGUUACAUAUUGAUCAUAUCCAAGUCCCACCACCGGCAGCCUGGAGCUGCCAACCAGAAACUGUCUAUACAAAGAUGACAAGAAUAAAGUGUCUUACUGGUGAACCAAUCGUAUUUGGUCCAGAGAAGAAAAAAGAUGUAAGCGAUGGCACAGAUUCAGGCCUUGAUAAAUUGUCAUUACAAGAUCCUGCUUCAGUUGUUGACGGACAGCAUACAUUUUUUGAAAUCUAUCCAGGCAAAACUAUUUCACAAUUUGUUCCACCAUGUCCAAAAAUCACACGAUUCUGUGAUAAAACUGUAGGCAUUUUAAAAUUAACCAGUAAUCAUGGUUCUUCACGAGAUUUUUUUAUACGCCACCCACGUUUAAUUAUUCGCAUGGUGAUUGCGUCACCACUGAUGAAACCAGAACUAUUGGCUGCCGUAAAAUCUCGUCGUGAAGUGAUCAAUUCUCCUGGAAAUUCAAGUAGUAAGCUGUUGAAAACAGUCAAUACUCGUACACGUCGUCAGACUUCAAUCAGUGAUAGCAACAUGGACGGUAGUAGCAGUAGCAAAGAUAUUGAUAAAAUCUCAGAAUAUAUGCCUAAAUUUGACUUUAUUCUAACUAGUUUAAAGCAAAAAUCGAAUGCUGGUGAACCAUGUGAUAAAGAUUGGGAAGCGUGUGAUUCAGAAGUUUGCAUACCAAAGAGUUCAUGGUGUGAUAAAAUAAUUAACUGUCCACAAUGGCAAGAUGAAGGAGGUCAUUGUAUUUCAGAAAAUUUGGAUCCUGAUGCACUGGGUCCUGAUGGUCGACCAUUACGUGAUGCUGGCAAGAGUAGCUUCGAGUUAAGGAAGGAACAAGAACAUUUAGAAGCUGAAGCUGAACGUCUAGCUGCACAAAAGCUUCAUUUGUCCAUAUUGGCUAGUUUAGGACUACUGUUACUGAUUGUAACGUCCACCUGUAUAAUUAUGACAAUGCGUCGUCGUGGACGUGAACGAGGAAGACACAUAACAAAACCCAAUGAAGAAGUUACACAAUCCUCAAAAUCAAAUCAUCGAAGAGUUCAACGACUAAAUCAUGUUAUGUCUACAGGUGCUCUGUUAAAAACUGACCACUCAAAAACAGAAAUGAACAGCAAUAAUGCUAAAAUGAAACCUAUAUUCUCUUUAUCCAGUUCUAGUUUAACAAAGGAUGAACAGUAUCCAACGGGUAGUCGUAUUCAUGAAUUGAAAACAAUCAAGUCAUCUAGUAGUCGUAAUACAACAGUAUGGAAUAGUACAGAUAGUAUAGAUGCACCAUUAUUAUGGCAACGUAAAGUUGAUGAUAUGAAAUCACCAUGUAGAACAAAUCAAAAGAACACUCAUAAAUCACCAUUAUUACAAAAUAGAUUCAGUAAAACAACACCUGAUAAUUUAUAUAGAGAAAUGAAUGAUAAUGUUGUACAGAAAAAGCCUUUAAAUGAUAUUCUGUUAGUAGAUUAUCGAAAUGUAAAUAAAAAACUUCAAAAUAAGGUUAAAACAAUUCCAUCUUCAAUGGAACAAGAGAUAUUUGAAUGUGUUCAAUUUCAAGGUGUCAGUAGUAAUGUUAAUACUACUGGUAACAGUUGUACUUCAGGUAUUGUUAUUAAUGAUGGUACUAAUCCAUUGAUAACAAAUAGUCCAAUACGAACAAUGAAUACACCACGAUGUAGACCGAUUCAUUCUACAUCAAUAACGCAUUCAUAUGCUCCACAACAAAUUCUUCCAUGUGAACAAACUGGUGUACAAAAGAGAACUUCUGAACAACAAACAAAAUGGAUAGGAACUAAAAUAGGAUCACAGUCUGUAAUGUCAAGUCCACAGAAUCAUGGCAAUUGGGUUGCAACUAAUCCGUUGAAUCAAUUCAAUCGAGGCUCAACAACACCAACACCAAUGUCAAAAAAAACGCAUGAGGAUUAUGAUACAGAACACAGAUUAUCUAACAAUACACCUAGUCCAGUAAUUAAAAUCCACAAUUGCAUGAUAAAUCGAACACAAUCAUGGGGUGCAGGCUUACGUUAUGAUCAUAAUGUGCAUCCAUGCUGUGAAGAAGAUCAAUCACCACCUCCAUCAAUUCAACAAAAUUUGUCAACAUCUUCAGCAAAAGGUCAUAGAAAUUUUCAUAAUAAUAAACCAUUCAUUCUCUCUUCCAUACCUAGAUGUCAUUUAUACUCUGUUAGCAAUAGUCAAGAACAUUUAUGUCGUAUAAAACGAUCUGAUACCUAUGUUAGUAUGCCUGAUGUUAAUGGUCAUCAACAAUUCUCAACACAUAAACAUGCAAACUGUUGUCACAUUACUGAUAAUAAUGCCAGUGGUAAUAUUGUUCAUACUACUGCUGGUGUUCGCAGUGACGCCGGAAUGCAUGGUUUUAUUGGGAUUGCUGCACGUCCUACACCUUGUAUUUCACAGCCAAUGACAUCAACAAAAGAAUGUAAACCUCCACAAGCAAAACGUCCACGUAUUGUCAGCUCAUUAACACCGACAAACAGACAAGUUACUCCUGUUCAUAAUGGAAAAAAUCAACGCGAAAUGACAUCACAUAUUACUGCUAGUACUACAAAUAAUACCAACAAUAAAAACAACAAUAGUAGUAGUGAUAGUAGUACUGAGCAUUCACAAAUAUUUCUAAAUCCUUCAUAUCAUCAUUUACACCGCCAUCAUCUACAUAAUCAUCAUCAUAUGCUUUAUCCAUCAGCUGGAUUUCAAAAUAUCUUAAUGAGAAGUAAUAACGAUGAUGAUGAUAAUAAUAAAUCGGUUAACAAGCGAAUUUACAGUUUAGUUAAGAAUGCUAAUAACUUAUUAUUGUGUGAGUCGAUUCCAAAACCAAGUGAUGAUAUACAUGUAAAUUUAGAUGUAUACAGAUGUCAUAAGGACAGCAAUACUAACAGUGAUAAUAAUGCAGACGAAGUCGAAGAUGACGAAGGAGAUGAUGCUGAAGAUAUCCAAACAGAGGAUGAGAUGGAAGUGAUGAGAAGAAUUAGAAGCAGAAAUUCAUUAUUAUGUGAUGAAGAAGAGGAGGCAAAUGAUGAAGAAGAAGCAGAUGAAGAUGAAGAGGAAAUGCUUUCCAAUACAGGAAAUUCUGAUUUAAUGAAAGCAGAAUAUGAAAGUGAUUUGGAGAAUUCUGAGAGAUUCACAGCUGAAAAUUCUCCAGUGAAUUCAACUUCCUUAUCUGAAACAGAAAUAGCACAAAAGCAUUUCUCACGAUCUAGUUCUGUACUACGCGAUGAAUCAAUCAGAAUAACUGUUUAUCCAUCUGAACCUCAUGGAAUUCGACUAUCUAGUCAAACAUCACAAAGACAACAACAACAGUCAUGUUCACCAAAGUCUUCCUCACACCAUCAUCAACAUCGUCAUCAUCAAAAACACUUCAUCCCCAAACGAAGCAAUCAUUUACAAAUAAGAUCAGAUGAACAAAAUAUUUCUGAGACAUCAACUGACUUGGUCUAUGAAUAUGAAGCCUAAAAUAUGUACAAGUGCCUAGCAUAUAUACAGCUACAUAUAUGCGUUAAAUUCGGUCAUUCAGUGUAUCAGUAUACUUUAAAUAAUAUCGAAACUUAUCAGACAAAUCGUGUAAGUAAUGCAUCCUAAUGCCUUAGAUUGCCUUAGUAAUAGGAUAAUAAUAAUAAUUACAAUAAUAAUAACAAUAGUAAGCGUAGAAGUAAUCUUUAAUAUCAGAUCCAUAUCACAUUAUACGUUCACAUAUGAAUUGUAUGUUAUCAAGAUAAAGAGAUAUACGCACCUCUCCUCAAGCAAAUUCCUUCUUCGUAUUCAAUAUAAACCCUAUCUUUAUUGUCAAAACUCACUAUUUUUCAUUGUUUAGGCUUUUUGUUUAAAUCGCUUCAAAAGAGGGAAAAUUGAAUUACAAUACAUGCAAAGAUUUAAAUUUAUUUAGGUAAUAAUAGGUUUAUAUGCCAUUCAUAGCCUCCAUAACUUUGUUGCAUCUUUUACAAACUAUACUGCUUCUUUUACUCCUUCUUACCUUCUAGCUAUUGUUUUUUUCCUCUUUUUUCCACAUCUUUCUUUGUACAUGAUUCAAACAAAAAUAUACUUUGCCAUAACAUAAAUGAAAAACAAAAAAAACAACAAAUUGAAUUGACCAAUCAGAAUGAAGUGUUGAACAAACACGCAGAUUACUCAAAAAGGAAAAAAAGAAUCGAAACAAAAAUCCUGGUGAUAAUUUCCCUUUUUAUUUUAAAUAAAUUGAAAGCGUAUAUGCAAAGCUUUGUACAAAAAUAACAACUGAAGACAGAUAAAAAUGAACCAUGAUCAUUAAAUGUUGAGGUUAUAAUUAAUCUGGUAAACAGAAUAUUGUUUUAAUGAAAACUUCAUAUAGAGUAUUGAAAAUAUUGUAGUUUUUGAAUAAAAAAAGAAGCAGUUGUAGUAGAAUAGAAGUGGAAUUAGUAGCAAUUAAGAACAUUAAUGUGGAUAAAAGAGUGAGAAAUUCCUAUGGAAAGGCGAUACAAUGAUAAUAAACUUGAAGAAUGAUAUUGUCAAUUUAGUAAUAGCGGUGAUGGUAUUGAAUUAUUUCACUUCUUAUUCUCUUAUACAGUAGGUAAAACUGUUUUCUUGUUACAAUUUUUCAGGUGAAUCUUUUCUUUUUCUAGUUUAUACCUCUUACAAAUCUCUACAUUUUUCUUUCUUUCACAUUUUACACACGAAAAUACACAUACACACCCCAACCAUCCAUCUGAAUAUUUUACCUAUUUACUGGAUAAAAAAAAUAUGACACUUUAAAGGUAACAAUAAUGAUGACGAUGUUUAAGGCAAUAAUGAUAAAGAUAGAUUGAAGUAGAAGAUUUCAAUUUUUCAGGAACUUUUUUCAUUCAUCUUUAACGUGAGAAAUGUAAUGAAUGUACAACAGAAAAACUUUAAUUCGAGUUAAUUUUGUUUUUCAUAUCGUUUUAAUUUAUCUCAUUUAAGAAUACUAGAUGACUGAAGUCAAUUGAAGAAUUAGGUAAAAAAAAUUUAAAAUAUAUUACAUAACUGUUUCGUCUUA